AUGGCUACCCCUAGUGUCCUAGCUUUUGACGCUGAGGGUCGCGCCAUUGAUUUUGAGGUCUGGUUAGACGACCUGCAGCUGUACUUACAGUGCGACAGGGCUGACGACCUUUCUCUCUUUGACCUCACCUCUGGCGCCUCUCCUGCUCCUGCUGCUGAUGCUGAUCCCGCUGUCCGCUCUAAGUGGGCCACCCGCGAUGCUGCUGCACGUCUUGCUGUGCGUCGCCACCUCCCUACCUCUGAGCGUGCGCACUUUAGUCAGUACAAGAGUGCUCAGACCUUGUACGACGCUGUAGUUGCGCGCUACUCCUCCCCUGCCACUGCUGCACUCAGCCUCGCGCGCCUCCCUGACUCCCUUCGCGUAGUCAGGGACCACUUUCUCGCAGUCUGUCCCACCACCCUCACCGUCGACCUCCUCGAGAAGUCCCUCCUUGCAGCGGAGAAGAGCAUAGUCGCUGUAGGUGCUUCUCGUGGUGACCCUCGCACCCCCAUCUUUGAGGGGUGCUCUCCUUCCCCCUUGCUGCCCUCUGUUGCCUCUGCUGCUGCUGCCGACCUGCUUGGUCUUGAGUCGGUCGGCGCGGCGUCUGCCCCUAGUGGGAGACGUCGCUCAAGCAAGGGCAAGGGGGGCAAGGGCGCGGGUGGAGCUGGAGGGGGCGGUGGCGGUGGCGGCGGUGGCGGCGGAGGGAGUGGGGGUGGCGGCGGGACUAGUGGCGGAGGUGGUGGUGGUGGUGGUGGCGGCAGCGGCGGAGACGGUGGUGGUGGAGCCAGCGGUGGUGGUGGAGGCAGCGGCGGAGGUGGAGGCGGCGGAGGUGGAGGCGGUGGAGGCGGCAGCGGAGGAGGCAGUGGUGGUGGAGGAGGUGGAGCUGGUCGGGGUGGUACCCAGCAGCGUAGCGGUGGUGGUGGUGGCCAGCGCUCGCACCGGCAGCAGCAGCAGCGCUCGCGGGACAUCCCUUUGCCUCAGCAGCUUCGUGAGUGGUACGCUGGGCGUCAGAGGGGUGGGGGUACUGGUCCCUGCACCUACGUUCUUCGUUCCGGCGACCGCGCGGGUGAGCAGUGUGGGGGUGCCCACGCCACCCAGCGCUGCUUUGGCCGCCUGACGGACGCCUGGCGUCAGCAGUUCCCUGGGGCUAGUGAGAUCCCUCGCUGGGAUGAGCUUCUCAGGGCUGGUGUAGCGAUCUUUGAUCUUGAUUUUGAUGCUAUCCUUACUGCUAUGUAUGUUGUGGAUUAUAGUGAGGAGAAUGAGGGUUACCGUUGUUUCCGGCCCGACCCGGGCAUUGGUACUGCUGCGCUAGGUGCUUGUGAGGCUGCUGCUCUAGGUGCCAGUGCGUCUGCGCUCUCAGGUACUGGUGAGACUGCGCUCUCAGUCUCCCUUGCUGACCCCUCUGGAGGUCCUGUCCUGUCUCACUUCUCCACUGUCCUCCCGUGUCCGGCUGCCCCUUCGGGCACCCUGUCGGGUCUGUACCUUCCCUCGUUCUCCACGAACUUGGUGAGUGGAGCGGACCUGCAGGAUGGGGGUGUUCACCAGUUCACUCCUGCGAGUCAGCGGGUGACCCACUGCACGGAGGCACGCACAGGCCGACACCUGGCCACGUUCUCGCGUCGGCCGGGGUCGAGUCUCUACACCCUGACCGUUGAGUCUCCUCCUGUCCCUGCGUCUGGUCAGGUGGCUGCGUCGGGUCAGGUACUUGCUGCUGCGUCCCGGUCAGGUCCUGAGUCUGCCCCCUGUUCUUGUCGCCUCCUGUCUCACGAGACUCUCCUGUGGCACCACCGUCUUGGCCACCCCUCCUUGCCCCGUCUUCGGAGCAUGGCUUCCCGUGUCCUUGUCUCUGGUCUUCCCCAGUCUCUCCCUCCUCUCCCCUCCGGGCCAGGACCUUCCUGUGUCCCCUGUGUCGAGGGUCGCCUCCGGGCUACUCCUCACUCCUCCCACUUCCCCCCGACAGAGGCUCCCUUGCAGACGCUUCACAUGGAUGUGUGGGGCCCAGCCCCCGUCCGUGGGCAGGGUUACGAGCGCUACUUCCUGUUGGUGGUUGACGACUACUCGCGUUACACCACAGUCCUCCCCUUGCGCAGCAAGGGUGCGGUCACUGAGGUGCUGAUCGACUGGAUCCGCGAGGCUUGUCUCCAGCUCAGGAAGAGCUUCGGCUCGGACUUUCCUGUUCUGCGUCUGCACUCUGACAGAGGCGGAGAGUUCUCUUCUCGCCUUCUGCGGGACUACUGUCGUGCACGGGGGAUCCGCCAGACCUUCACCCUUCCGGACUCACCACAGCAAAAUGGGAUUGCUGAGCGCCGCAUUGGCAUGGUCAUGGAUGUCGCUCGUACGUCCAUGAUGCAUGCGGCUGCCCCCCAUUUUCUGUGGCCGUUUGCGGUGAGGUACGCGGCGCAUCAGCUCAACCUUCACCCCCGGGUCUCUCGGCCUGCGAUGUCCCCAGUCUUGCUGUGGACGGGGAAGGUUGGCGAUGCGUCUGUGUUCCGUGUCUGGGGAUCUCGGGCGUUUGUCCGCGACUUGUCUGCGGACAAGCUGUCCCCUCGUGCUGCUCCCUGUGUCUUCCUUGGCUUCCCCACUGACGCCCCAGGGUGGCAGUUUUACCACCCCUCCUCUCGUCGUGUUCUGUCCUCCCAGGACGUCACGUUCGACGAGUCAGUCCCCUUCUACCGUCUCUUCCCCUACCGCACUCCUUCCCUCCCCCCUCCCCCGGACUUCCUUGUGCCGGUUCCCCCCCCGGUAGACCCCCUCCCCCCUCAGGUUCCUGCCCCCUCAGGUGUGUCCCAGGUAGACGCCGUUGACCCGGUCGAGGUUACUGGUGACUCUGGUGCUGCUGCGGGUGCUGAGCCUGGGGGUGCUGACUCUGGGGGUGCUGUGCGCGGGGGUGCUGAGCCUGGGGGUGCUACUGCUGGGGGUGCUGGGCCUGAGGGUGCUACUCCUGAGGGUGCGGAGCCUGGGGGUGCUGAGCCGGGGGGUGCUGUGCCUGGAGGUGCUGGGUCUGGGGGUGCUGGGUCGGGAGCUGCUGAGCCUGGGGGUGCUGAGCUGGGAGCUGCUGAGCCUGGGUGCUGCGAGCUGCGCGAGUGGUUCGCUCGCCGCUGGAGGCGUGCUGCUGAGUCUGGAGGUGCUGCUGGUGCUGGAGCUGGAGCUUCUUCGACCGUCGAGGGUGCGGGUGCUGCCGGUCCCGGAGCUGCUGGACCUGCGGGUCCUCCUGGAGCUGGAGCUGCUGAGGGCGUUCGUGCUGAGCCUGCUGCUGUUGGUCCUGCCGCUGGAGGUGUGGGUGGCGCUGGUGCUGUAGCUGAGGGUGCUGGUGCUGUCCCUGCUGAGUCUGGAGCUGCCGCGCGGCCUCGGCCGUACUUCGUUCCGCUCCUGCAGCAGGUUCUUGGUCUUUCUCCUCCAGUAGAGGGUCCACCGCCUGUCCAGUCGCAGUCCCUACUGGAGCCUUCCUCUCCACUGCCUGCUCCCUCUCCUUACACUGGUCCUACUGGAGGUCUUGCUGAGCGUCGUGAGCCUGCGUCUCGUCCCGCGUCGCCUGUUCGUGCUGCUCGCGCUAGUGGUCGCAGUUCGCGUCAGCGUCCUCCUCCUGUCCCUGGCACGCACCGGAUGUCUCUGCGUCCGUCCACUGCUCCUCUGCGUGCCCCUUUGCCUUCUCCUCCUGAGUCCUCUCUUCCUGCGCUUGCCGACCCUGAGUCGGACUCUCUUCGCGCUGCGAGUCCUACUAGUCACGCGUCUGCUUGCUACUGUCGGGGUGAGUGUGCUCUUGGCACGGACGUCCUAGAGGACAGGCAGGAGGAGUUACAGUGUCUAGCGGCUGCUUCACCUCAUCUCGCGUCUGUACUGCUUGCCCCUGAGGGAGACCCGGAUGCACUAGACAUCCCGACUCCGCGUUCUUACGCGGAGGCCGUAGAGGGUCCCUACUCCUCUCAGUGGCAGGCAGCUAUGGAUGCAGAGAUGGCUUCCUGGAAGUCCACAGGCACCUACGUUGACGCGGUUCCCCCUCCUGGGGCGAACAUCGUCAGUGGCAUGUGGAUCUUCAGGGUGAAGCGGCCGCCGGGCUCUCCACCUGUCUUCAAGGCACGGUACGUUGCUCGUGGCUUCAGUCAGCGGCAGGGAGUCGACUACUUUCAGACCUUCUCUCCCACCCCGAAGAUGACCACUCUUCGGGUGCUGCUGCACAUAGCCGCUCAGUGCGACUACGAGCUUCACUCUCUCGACUUCAGCACUGCGUUCCUGCAGGGUAGCCUGCACGAGGAGAUCUGGCUUCGCCGUCCACCUGGCUUCACUGGGACUUUCCCUCCUGGCACCCAGUGGAGCCUCCGACGGCCAGUCUACGGUCUCCGCCAGGCACCGCGUGAGUGGCACGACACACUGAGGACUACGCUUGCGGCUCUUGGGUUUGCUCCUUCUACUGCUGACCCGUCGCUGUUUCUUCGCACCGACACUUCCCUGCCGCCGUUCUACAUCCUCGUGUACGUCGACGACUUGGUCUUUGCCACAGCGGACACUGCUGGACUCGCCUACGUGAAGUCCGAGCUGCUGAAGAGACACACGUGCACAGACCUGGGUGAACUGCGCAGCUACCUUGGCUUGCAGAUCACUCGGGACAGAGCACGCCGCACCAUUACCUUGACUCAGUCACACAUGGUGCAGCAGGUCCUUCAGCGCUUCGGCUUCACGUACUCCUCGCCUCAGGCCACUCCUCUGCCUACUCGCCACUCACUCUCAGCUCUGCCUUCGGAUGAGUCCGUAGAGUCGAGUGGUCCGUAUGCAGAGCUUGUUGGCUGCCUCAUGUACCUGAUGACCUGCACACGACCUGACCUUGCAUACCCUCUGAGCAUUCUUGCACGCUAUGUUGCUCCUGGGAGACACAGACCGGAGCACAUGGCUGCAGCGAAGAGGGUAUUGCGCUACCUGUGCAGUACGUCGGGCAUGGGGCUAGUGCUUGGAGGGCGGAGUCCAGUGGUCCUUACCGGCCACGCGGACGCUUCUUGGGCUGACGACCAGGCUACGCAGCGGUCGUCACAGGGCUACACCUUCAGCCUUGGUUCCGGCUCUGUCUCGUGGCGGUCUACUCGCUCGUCUUCAGUUCUCGGCUCCAGUUGUGAGGCUGAGAUCUACGCCGGGGCCAUGGCUGCACAGGAGCUUCGCUGGCUCACCUACCUGCUGACUGACCUUGGAGAGCCGCCUCGUUCUCCUCCAGUGCUGUACGUAGACAACAAGGCUAUGCUGGCCUUGUGUCGAGAGCAGCGCUUGGAGCACAGAACGAAGCACAUUGCUCUCCGCUACUUUCUUGCUCGUGAGCUGCAGCAGCGUGGUCAGUUGCGACUUGCGUACGGUGGCCUCUGA